GUGGCGCCUGGCCGCCCAGACUCUGCAGCCGAGCCCCAGGGCUUCGGCGGCUGCCUGGGCGCGAUCCGCGAGUAAGCUUCACCGCCGGGUGGCCGUGCCGCCUGCGCCUCUGCCUGGAGUAGUCUAGCGAGAGCGCUUCGUGGCCGAGUCGGGCAGGGGCCACGAUGCGGAGUUUUGAGCCGGCCCCAUGACUCUGAGCACGUUGGCUCGCAAAAGGAAGCCGCCCCUCGCCUGCACCUGCAGCCUCGGUGGCCCCGACAUGAUCCCUUACUUCUCCGCCAACGCGGUCAUCUCGCAGAACGCCAUCAACCAGCUCAUCAGCGAGAGCUUUCUAACUGUCAAAGGUGCUGCUCUUUUUCUACCACGGGGAAAUGGUUCAUCUACACCGAGAAUCAGCCACAGGCGCAACAAGCAUGCAGGUGAUCUCCAACAGCAUCUUCAAGCAAUGUUCAUACUGCUGCGCCCAGAAGACAAUAUCAGGCUGGCUGUAAGACUGGAAAGUACUUACCAGAACCGAACACGCUAUAUGGUAGUAGUUUCAACUAAUGGUAGACAAGACACUGAAGAAAGCAUCGUCCUAGGAAUGGAUUUCUCCUCUAAUGACAGUAGUACUUGCACCAUGGGCUUAGUCCUGCCUCUCUGGAGUGACACUCUAAUUCAUUUGGAUGGUGAUGGUGGGUUCAGCGUGUCAACAGAUAACAGAGUUCACAUAUUCAAACCUGUAUCUGUGCAGGCAAUGUGGUCUGCACUACAGAGUUUACACAAGGCUUGUGAAGUGGCCAGAAUGCAUAACUACUACCCAGGCAGCCUCUUUCUCACUUGGGUGAGUUACUAUGAGAGCCAUAUCAACUCAGACCAAUCCUCAGUCAAUGAAUGGAACGCUAUGCAGGAUGUGCAGUCCCAUCGGCCUGACUCUCCAGCUCUCUUCACCGACAUACCAACUGAACGUGAGCGAACAGAAAGGCUAAUUAAAACCAAAUUGAGGGAGAUUAUGAUGCAGAAGGAUUUGGAAAACAUUACAUCUAAAGAGAUCCGAACAGAGUUGGAAAUGCAAAUGGUGUGCAACUUGAGGGAAUUUAAGGAAUUUAUAGACAAUGAAAUGAUAGUGAUCCUUGGUCAGAUGGAUAGCCCUACACAGAUCUUUGAGCAUGUGUUCUUGGGCUCAGAGUGGAAUGCCUCCAACUUGGAGGACUUACAGAACCGAGGAGUGCGGUAUAUCUUGAAUGUCACUCGAGAGAUAGAUAACUUCUUCCCAGGAGUCUUUGAGUAUCAUAACAUCCGGGUAUAUGAUGAAGAGGCAACAGAUCUCCUGGCUUACUGGAAUGAUACUUAUAAAUUCAUCUCUAAAGCAAAGAAACAUGGAUCUAAAUGCCUUGUGCACUGCAAGAUGGGGGUGAGUCGCUCAGCCUCCACUGUGAUUGCCUAUGCAAUGAAGGAAUAUGGCUGGAAUCUGGAUCGAGCCUAUGACUAUGUGAAGGAAAGGAGAACAGUGACCAAGCCCAACCCCAGCUUCAUGAGACAACUGGAAGAAUACCAGGGGAUCUUGCUGGCAAGCAAACAGCGGCAUAACAAACUGUGGAGAUCUCAUUCAGAUAGCGACCUCUCAGACCACCAUGAACCUAUCUGCAAAUCUGGACUAGAGCUCAACAAGAAGGAUAUCACCACCUCAGCAGACCAAAUUGCUGAGGUGAAGACCACAGAGAGUCACCCCCCCAUACCUCCUGUCUUUGUGGAGCAUGUGGUCCCACAAGAUGCAAAUCAGAAAGGCCUCUGUACCAAAGAAAGAAUGAUCUGCUUGGAGUUUACUUCUAGGGAAUUUCAUGCUGGACAGAUUGAGGACGAAUUAAACUUAAAUGACAUCAAUGGAUGCUCAUCAGGGUGUUGUCUGAAUGAAUCAAAAUUCCCUCUUGACAACUGCCAUGCAUCCAAAGCCUUAAUCCAACCUGGACAUGCCCCAGAAAUGGCCAACAAGUUCCCAGACUUAACAGUGGAAGAUCUAGAGACAGAUGCCCUGAAAGCAGACAUGAAUGUCCACUUACUGCCUAUGGAAGAAUUGACAUCUAGACUGAAAGACCUCCCCAUGUCCCCUGACCCAGAGUCACCAAGCCCCCAACCCACUUGCCAGGCUGAAAUCUCAGAUUUCAGUACAGAUCGCAUUGAUUUUUUCAGUGCCCUAGAGAAGUUUGUGGAGCUCUCCCAAGAAACCCGGUCCCGAUCUUUUUCCCACUCAAGGAUGGAGGAACUGGGUGGAGGAAAGAGUGAGAGCUGUCGACUCUCAGUGGUAGAAGGAGCCCCUUCCAAAGUGACAGCUGAUGACCAGAGAAGCAGCUCUUUAAGUAAUACUCCUCAUGUGUCUGAAGAAUCUUCAAUGGAUGAGGAACAGUCAAAGGCAAUCUCAGAACUGGUCAGCCCAGACAUUUUCAUGCAAUCUCACUCAGAAAAUGCAAUUUCAGUCAAAGAAAUUGUCACAGAAAUUGAAUCCAUCAGUCAAGGAGUUGGGCAGAUUCAACUGAAAGACAUUCUAUCCAACCCAUGCCAGACACCAAAGAAGAACAUCAUCCAUGAGCUGCCCCUGGAGAGGGUCCAGGCCCCAGAGAACAAACCUGGACAUUUGGAACAGGAUGGGAGCUCCUGCACAGCCCCACCUGAACUAGCCAAAGACUCAGGGAAGUGUGACCCAGAAGGCUACCUAACCACACACACAUUCACAGCAGACUUGGAAGAAGAGGAACCAACCGAGGAAGAACAAGAGCUUCAGGGCCCAGGGAUGCACCCGGAUGCCAAGUGGUGUCCUGGGUCUGUGAGGCGAGCCACCUUGGAGUUUGAAGAGCGCUUACGGCAGGAGCAAGAGCACCAUGCUGCUGCCCCCACAUGUACCUCAUUGUCCACACGCAAGAAUUCCAAGAAUGAUUCUUCUGUGGCAGACCUAGCACCAAAAGGGAAAAAUGAUGAAGCCACCCCAGAACAUUCAUUUGUCCCCAAGGAAUUGGAGAUAAGCAAGGGCAAAGGAAAAGGCAGUGGGUCUGAAGCUUGCUCACUAUCCCAUUCUGAGCAGAAUGUGAUUGUUCCAGCACGCGAGGUACUAGAGUUUCACCCCAUGCCAGCUCAGGAGUGCCCAGGGUCAGAUUCUAGAACAAACCAGAAAGGAACCCUGAAGGAUCAGAGAACUGUGGUUUCAUACCAGGGGUCUGAGACACAGGCAGUCCCUCUUGCCCUUCCCAAGAGGAUAGAAAUCAUUGAGUACACCCACACAGUUACAUCAUCAGAUCACACUGGGCCAGGGGGCGAAAUCUCCACCAGCGAAAAGAGUGAAGAGCAAGGACUGAGGACAGUGAAAGUGGAGAAGUCCAUCACUGUGCUCUGUGCACUGGAUGAAAAUCUAAACAGGACUCUGGACCCCAACCAGAUUUCUAUGCACCCCCAUGUGCUACCUCUGCCUCAUUCUCCUGAGUACAGCAGGCCCACUGAUCACCUGGCCUCCACACUGAGCAGCAGUCCAUCGGCAGCCCUGGAGACAGGAGCACCUUUUGUUAGUUGCACAUCCCAUGUACCAUUUGCCAACUUGGAUUACUUGCAUCCCCAGACCCUGGUUCACCUGGAAGGCUUCACAGAGCAAAGCAGCACCACAGAUGACCCUUCUACAGAGCAGGUUAGCUGGGAGGAAAGUCAGGAAGGCCCCCCUAGUGGCAACGAAGUGCAACAAAAUGGCAAAGACCUAAUUUUAAUUAGCAAACUUGGUGAGUUACAGGAAAAAGUGGGCCCGUCAUUUGUUGCUUGUCAACUCCCACAUAGCUCUAGUAGUGAAAAUAUAAAGAGUAGCCCUGGUGUGGUGAAGGAGCACACUAAAGAAAUCGAGUCCCAAGGAGUGAUUUUCCAGGCAGAGCUCACCAAACCAUCCCGAAUGAGGCGCUCAGCAUCUCUUGCCAAGUUAGGUUACUUGGACCUCUGUAAAGACUAUUUACCAGACAGGGAGCCUAUCUCCUCUGAAUCCCCUCAUCUCAAACUGCUUCAGCCGUUCCUCAGAACAGACUCAGGCAUGCACACUGUGGAAGCCCAAGAGCCCCUUGGAAACCCAGGUUCCCCCCAGAACCCAGAGCCCACCAAGUAUUUUGUAAAACAACUCAAAACGACAGAGUGUAUCGUUCAGAGCAAGCCAGUGGAAAGGCCCGUUGUGCAGUAUGCCAAAGAAUUUGGUUCCAGUCAGCAGUGUUUGCUUCCCAGGGUGGGACCUGAAUUGACUAGUUCUGAAGGGGGCCUUCCUCUGCUACAGACCGAGGGGCUGCAGUGUGCAAGCCCAGCCCCAGGCCUGGCUGUGGCACCCUGUCAACAACAUGGCAGAACUCACCCCCUUAGGAGACUGAAAAAAGCAAAUGAUAAAAAACGGACAACCAACCCCUUCUAUAAUACUAUGUGAUUCUGAGCCUACACAUGUGACUUUCCAAAAGAAAUGUUUGUAAAAGGGGCAGGUGUAAUAUGUAAGGAACAUGCACUUUAUUGGUUAAUUUUAUAAUGUUUUGGCAUUUUACUGUUUUUGGCGCAUGCAGGGUUUGGGUUUUUCAGUGUGUGUGUGUGUUAUAUGUAAGGAGAGAGAUUGGUUUGGAUGGCAAGACCGUUUUAUCAUUUUUUAUUUAAAAAGAUUCAAACCUCAAAAAAAUGCUCAUUUUCAAAGAACACCUGUAUCAAAGGCAAAUUGCUGUUUUUCAAUCAACUGCCACCUGCUCCUCAUUUUGCCCUCUGAGAAAAAGCAUGGUUGCUUGAUGGAAGGAAGCAGAUGGGGAGGGUGGAGAUGAAGCUGGGAAUUGGACAAUGGUCCCCUGUGUCUUUGUCAUGAUGAUUUGCUUUCCAGACCUGAGGCAUCAGAUGGGCCAAAGCGCAGCCGGAAGUCAGAGGGCUCUCAGCCGCAGUGCUUUGGAGUUCCUAAAGUAGGCAGGCUCUGCUUUGCUUUUAAGGGGGCUGUCCAGAACCCAUUUCUUCUGGUAUUCAGAGUGUGUCAUGACAGAAAGGCAUGGUAAUGGCUGGCUUUGUAAAGUCAUCAAACAGUUUUUUUCCCCAAGAAAGUAAUUUUUGAAAUUUUAAAAGAACCUCAAAUGAAAUCUGAAUGGUCUUCUGGAGAGGAAAGCAGAAUGAGAGGAUGAAGACAUGAAUUUAGGAGUGCUGAGCUGCUGCCCAGUAACUGCUGGGCUGAUGGGAUCCCCACCGGAGGGCAUCCUGGCCCUCCCUGCCAGAAAGUGCUCUGCAGUGUCCUCCCAACUAAAACACAGUAGUGACAAGUUUGAAAAGCAGCAAUCAAAAGUCGAUGUGUUCUGGUAAAAUGAUUACAUAUGUAGGGUUUUAACCCUUCCAUUACUUGAAUAAUUCUGUAGGCCUUCUGAGUUUAAUGGCCAUAUUUGUUUUUCCUUCCCCAUGCUCUUUCCCUGUGCUGCCUUUUUUUUAUUUCAUAGAUACAUUUGAAUUGUUACAUAUGUAUUAACCUCCAUUGAAUGCAACAUUUUCUUUUCUCUGUUAUCACUGUUAACA